AUGCCAGCGUCCACCAUACCCGCCAGUCAAUUCGACUCGAUCCCUGACACCAUCGAAGCCUUUCGCCGAGGCGAGUUCAUCCUCGUUCUGGACGAUCCCGGCCGCGAAAAUGAAGCCGACUUGAUCAUUGCCGCCGAGGACGUCACCACCGAGCAGAUGGCCUGGAUGGUUCGCUACUCUUCCGGCCUCAUCUGCGCGCCCAUCAUGCCCUCCCGCGCCGACGCUCUCGAGCUGCCCGUCAUGGUGUCCGCGAGCCAAGAUGCCCGCGGCACGGCCUACACCGUCUCCGUGGAUGCCGCUCACGACUCCGUCACCACCGGCAUUAGCGCCCACGACCGAGCCCUCUGCUGUCGCUUCCUCGCCGAUCCGCGAUCCACCGCUGCCAGCUUCAUCCGCCCCGGCCACAUCCUACCGUUGCGCGCUGCUCCCGGCGGAGUCCGCCAGCGGGUUGGGCAUACCGAGGCUGCCGUUGAGUUCUGCCGCCUGGCUGGUAAAAAUCCCGCCGCUGCCAUUGCUGAGCUCGUCGAGGACGGCGAGCCGACGCCUGGCCAGGCCCUCAUUACUCGCGCGGGCAUGAUGAGGGGCGAGGCAAAUAUCGCCUUUGCCAGAAAGUGGGGACUCAAGGUUUGCACUAUUGCGGAUCUUGUCGCACAUGUCGAGAAGACAGAGGGCAAGAUUGAGCUCAAUGGUGCAUAA